AUGGGUGUCAAGUCCUUGUGGAGCCUGCUGACUCCUGUUGGCCGCCCAGUCAUGCUGGAAACGGUCGAAGGCAAGACAAUGGCCAUCGACUCGAGUAUAUGGAUAUAUCAGUUCCAAGCAACCAUGCGUGAUAAGGAGGGCCGUGCCUUGUCGAACGCUCAUGUCCUUGGAUUUCUGCGACGUAUAACCAAACUCUUGUUCUAUGGCAUCAAACCAGUAUUCGUCUUCGAUGGUGGAGCACCUGUACUUAAGCGGAAUACCAUUACUGAGAGGAAGAACAAGAAACGAGGUGCUGCAUCAAGUCACGUAAAGGUCGCGGAGAAAUUACUUGCUGCCCAGCUGAGACGCGAGGCUUUAAACCACAUUGAAGGCGCGAAGUCAUCCAAAGACAAAGGGAAAGGGAAAGCGGAGUCGGGGCCAGUGAGGCUGGAUGAUAAUACAGUCUAUCUCGAGGAUCUUGACCAGAGGAUACCUCGAUCUCCUGUGAAGAGAGUACCGGAUUCUAAGUCACCAAAGAACAACUCACCCAAGAAGAAAUUCUAUGAUCAUGAUCCCUAUAAGCUUCCUGAGGUCGACCUCAACGAUGUCAUCUCCAAAGCCACUCAAUCUACCGCUCCAGAUCCCCGUCUCGCUACUGAAGAUGAACUACAAGCUUUUAUCGAGGAUAUGCGGCCAGAGGACUUCGAUGUCACGUCGCCUGCCUUUCGAGAGUUACCGACCGAAGUUCAAUACGAGAUCAUUGGUGAUUUACGUCUCAAAUCUCGACAAACGUCGUACCAUAGGUUGCAGAAUAUGCUCCGAAGCGCUCGAACUCCUUUAGAUUUCUCCAAGCAACAAAUACUCAACUUGAAGCAAAGAAACGCAUUGACGCAACAGCUAUUGUCGACCACUGAUAGUAUCGGGAAGGCUCAUAUUGAAAUCCCUAUUCGCAUUGCUAGCGAACGGAAUAGGGAGUAUGUUCUGGUGAAGAACGAAGGAGCAAAUGGCGGAUGGAUCCUGGGUAUUCGUGACGACGGAACUAGGGACAAGCCUAUUGAGAUAGAUCAAGACGACGAUAAACAAGCUGCUGGCAACGAUAGCGACGCCGACAUGGAUGAGGUCGACCUCGGGAAGGAACAAACAAUCGAUGAGGAUCUCCGUCGUCAUCGUAGGGAAAUGGCCUUGACUGCCCUCUCAAACCGAUAUGUUUCCAAACCCCUCGCUCCUUUGACCACUAAAUCUAAUGUGGUGAAGUCAAAAACACCUCUGUUCGAUCUUACCGAUGACGAGAGCGACGCAGGAGUAAACCACUUCGACGCUCACUCUGACGAUGAUCAAGCCCUAGCGUAUGCUAUCCAACAGUCAUUGGACAGCAGUCAGGUAUAUAACGCCCAUGCUGGAUCUCCAGGCGAGUCGCCUAAAUUAUUUACGACACCACCGAAGCCCCUACAAGCCAAGCAGUCAGAGGAUGCCAUCUUGUAUUAUAAUCGUCUGGAGACUGCACUGUCUAUAGGAGGCGCGGGUCCUUCUCGAACGCCCAUGAAGAGCCCUCUCUUCCCAACGAAAAUCACCAGUCUGGCAAAACCCAGGUCUCCGUCUCCGCAGUUGGAAUACGCUUCAGACCUUGAACCUGCAUCAUUCGAUCCAUACCGCCCGGUCACGCCUUCCCCAUCUUCACCAACACAUGGCACUGUCCAAGACUUGGGUUCCUCAAGCGACGAGGACAUGGAAGAAGUCCUUCCUGUCUCACUUCCGGCUGCCGUUGAUCUAGGUGUAGAUGCCGGGUCGAGCACCUCUGAAAAGAUUUCGCCGCCCACAGUUCAUUUUCGUCUAGACCCAUCAUUGCUUGCGCCAGCUGACGCAACUUCGAAGGAUGCUGUUGACCAUUCCGCCGAGACGAAAACGCCAGGGACGAUCGAGGUAGAUACUCAGGAGCAAUUGCACCCGUUUGCACCCGUGUCGAAAGCGAGCAACGUAGGCACAUCUGGAUUCGCCGUCUCCUUCAAGUUAGACUCCACUAUCUUGAAUACCAACACGGAUCAAACCAAGGCCAUACUCGAUGACAAUGUCUCUAGCGCCGAAGAGGAGGAGGGGGACGCAGACGUCUUAUCCCGAUCCCCGUCUCCCUCAAUUCACGACACCGCGGAAGAUGUAAAUGCCGGUAGGGCGGAACCGCUCAAGGACGAAUCUUGGGAUGCUGUUCAGGAGAUCGAUGUUGUGGCGGAAGAGGAUGAGUACGUUCGUUUUAUGUCGCAAGUCCAGGGAAAGGACCUUGAUGCAGUUCGACGUGAAAUUGACGAUGAAAUCAAGACCCUCAAUCAAGAGCGGAAGGCAGCCAUGAGAGACUCGGAGGACAUCACACAACAGAUGAUCUCACAAAUCAUGACGAUGUUGCGACUGUUCGGAAUUCCCUAUAUCACAGCUCCAAUGGAAGCCGAAGCGCAGUGUGCUACUUUAGUGUCGCUUGGGCUUGUUGAAGGUAUCAUCACGGACGACUCUGACGUCUUCUUAUUUGGCGGACAGCGGGUCUUCAAGAACAUGUUCAACCAGUCGAAGACGGUGGAGUGUUUCUUACUUGCCGACCUUGCUAGAGAGUUGGGUCUAGGCCGAGACACCCUCAUUCGUCUGGCAUAUUUGCUCGGAAGCGACUACGUCGAGGGUUUGCCUGGUGUGGGCCCCGUCGUAGCAAUGGAAUUGCUGAAGGAGUUCCCAGGAGAAGAUGGGUUGCAUAAAUUCAAGGAAUGGUGGCUGAAGGUCCAAAGUGGCAAAGAUAAACCCGAGGUCAACAAGUCUGCUUUCCGCAAACGGUUUAAGAAGAAAUUCAAGAAACUUUAUCUACCUCAAGAUUGGCCUAAUAGCGCCGUUCGAGACGCAUAUUAUCAUCCUACGGUCGAUGAGUCGGACGAACCGUUUAAAUGGGGUUUACCCGACCUAGACGGCCUUCGAAUGUUCCUCCAGGAAGAACUUGGUUGGCAUCAAGUCAAAGUUGACGAACUAUUGUUACCCAUCAUCCAAAAAGUGGGAAAGCGUGUUCAGGCGGCAGCGCUAAACAAACAAGGGACCUUGAAUGAAUACUUCGACCUUUCCGUUGGCCAAGGCACGUAUGCGCCCAGGAAGCGUACAGCGUAUGCAAGUAAGAGGUUGCAAAAGGUGGUGGCCGAUUUCAGGAAGAGCAACUCAUCUCGGAGCGCAACACCAAUGGUAGAGGCAGGUGUAUUGGGAAGCUCUGAAGAUGAAGCGGGCCCAAAGAAGAAGAGGACGAAGCGCGUUCAAGAGAGCGUUCAGGGUGAAGGGAGUCAUGGCGUGGCCAGAACCGGGAAAGGGCGAGGGAGAGGGAAGGGUGUCCGCGGGCGAGGGAGAGGCAGAAAUAUGGCCAACCAAAGAGCCCAUCAGGAGAGCGAAUCUUCUGCUUCAGACCCGACACCUGAGGGGAGCGAGCUCUCCGAUACUGGAUUGCCUCCUCCAACUCUUCCUCCCGCCGAAGCAAAAGAGAGACCUCGUCCGCGACGUUUAGCUCGUGUAUAG